AUGUCAUUGUUCAAGGUUGAUGGCUGGGAUUUGAAAACAAAUAAGAUCGCCUUUGAUAAAGUUAAGAAGAAUAAAAAGGUCAAGACUAAUAAUAAAGAAAUUAAGCACCAGGAUACUACCAAACAUUUGAAAAACGAUAUACAACAAAAGUAUACAGAAAAACAGAAAUUUAACAACAAAAUAACCGAAAAUAAUGACAAUAACUCUAUCGAUAAAGAUUCUGAAGCUACUCAGAAAAACAAUACAUUAACAACUAAUAAAGUUAGAAAGCCUUCUGCUUCUUCCAACCUAAAUAACAAUAGAAAUGGCAACGCUCUUAAUGAGCAAAAAAAAAAGGAAUUAACACCGUUACAAAAGAAAAUGUUGGCUAAGCUAAGUGGUUCAAGGUUUAGAUGGAUUAAUGAAAAAUUAUAUACGAUUAACUCAAAUGAUGCCUUGACUUUGAUUGCUGACCAACCGGAAUUAUUUGACGAGUAUCACGAAGGCUUUAGAUCACAAGUUGAAUCUUGGCCUGAAAAUCCAGUUGAUUCCUUUGUUUCCACAAUCAUAAAUAAAGGUACAAAAAGACCGAUCAACGCACCAGGUGGAUUGCCAGGUAUAAUAGAAGAGAAACCUAAGGGGAAAAAGGGGAAAAAAGUGGUUAUAGCCGAUAUGGGAUGUGGCGAGGCCAUUUUAUCCUUAAAAGUUGGAGACUAUUUUAAAAAGUUUAACAAAAAAAACAAAAAUGGUAGAAAACAAAUUGAAGUACAUAGUUUUGAUUUAAAGAAAAUUAAUGAUAGAAUUACCGUUGCGGAUAUUAGAAAUGUUCCCUUACCUGAUGGUUCGUGUAGUAUUGUCAUAUUUUGUCUAUCCUUGAUGAGUACAAAUUUCUUAGAUUUUAUUAAAGAAGCAUAUAGAAUACUGUGUCCUCGUGGUGAAUUAUGGAUAUCUGAAAUUAAAUCCAGAUUUGGGGACACAAAGGGUGAUGAAUUUGGAGAAAGUUUGAAACUAUUUGGAUUUUUCCACAAAGCAACUGAUGACACCAACAAAAUGUUUACCAAAUUUGAAUUUUUUAAACCCAGUGAUGAGAUCUUACAAGAACGUAAAGAAAAAUUGGAAAGAAAACAAAAGUUUAUUGAAGUCGAAACCGCUAAAGAUGACUUGGAUAAGAAAAGAAAAACUACCCCUGAGGGGAAAUGGCUACUAAAACCGUGUAUUUAUAAAAGACGUUAG